CGGCAGCGCCCAGACAGGGACACUGUGCUGGGCAGGGCCGGCUCCGAGCCUUGCCCUGCUCCCGCGGUGUGCCUGCACCCAUUACGUGCAAGUUAAAAGCCAGUGUGGAAAUGUGUAAAUACAGGAAACAGUUGGACUUGGCCGUUUGGAGCGCCAGGAUGGACUAAAGCAUCUGAUGUGAAAGAAGUCGGCCAAUGUCUCUGGGAGCUCAAAUAUGGCUGCUGGCAGCAAUCGCCGGCUCCAGCAAACCCAGCACCAAGUAGAUGAGGUGGUGGACAUCAUGAGGGUGAACGUGGACAAGGUGCUGGAGCGGGAUCAGAAGCUGUCGGAGCUGGAUGACCGCGCGGACGCCCUGCAAGCUGGGGCCUCCCAGUUCGAGACCAGCGCGGCCAAGCUGAAGAGGAAGUACUGGUGGAAGAACUGCAAGAUGUGGGCAAUAUUGAUAGGUGUUGUUGUCAUUAUCAUCAUCAUCAUUAUUGUCUGGAGUGUGUAUUCAUGAAUUACGAGAAGAAACUCAAUUCAACUGAAGGUGCCUUUGAGAAUCUUCUUCAGCCUCUCCACUUCAGACCUGCUGCCUUCUCAGCCCGUUUACUGCUGUUUAAAGCAAACCUAUUUUGAUUAUCGAGACGUUAACUAACUUUCCCGGUGGCCUUAAGACACUCCGUCGUUAAUUACUAACCAGCGCAGCCCGCACGGUGCCUCAAUGACCGGGGCCUGGCCCCGCCCUCGGCCCCGCCCCUCGCCCGGCCACGCCCAGGGGCGGGGCCGGCGCCGCACGUGGCGGCGGGGCAUGCGCGCGCACGGGGGCCGCGUGCGGCGCCGCGUGAGGGGCGGGGCGGCGCCCCCGCCCGCGCGGGCCCCGCCCCCCGCGCGCGGUCUCCUCCAAUAAAGCGGCUCCGACCCCG